GUGUGUGUGUGUGUGUGUGUAGGGUAUGGAUCUGAGGAACCCCUUCAGUAUGGUGGACAACAUGAUGAUGGGUAUGAGGAGCAGGAUGGACGACAUGCACAGGAACUUCGAAAACCUGUCGACGGACUCGAACACACACUCCUUCAGCUCCUCCUCCAUCAGCACCUACUCUAAAGUGGGGAACGAGCCCCCCAAGGUGUUCCAGGCCCACAGCCAGACACGCCGCGCCCCCGGAGGGGUCUGUGAGACCCAGCGCACCCUGAAGGACUCGGAGAGCGGCUUGGAGAAGAUGUCCAUGGGCCACCACAUCCAGGACCGCGGCCACGUCGUGGAGAAGAAGCGCAACCACAAGACAGGCGAGCGCGAGUUCAACCAGGACUUCCAGAACAUGGACGAGUCUGAGGCGCAGGAUUUCGAUAAUGAGUGGCAGAAGGAGGUGUCUAAGUUCCAGCCGGUGGCGCCGCUCGCUCAGCUCGAGGGGUCCAAACCGAGAAACCGCACUGUUCACCGAGCUGCCAUCGCCGCCCCGGACGACGCCAGGUGACCAAUCACAACCCCUGAAACACCGCCAUGUGACCACUAACUCAGGUCACAUGACAUGGAACAACCAUGUGGCACCGGAU